AUGGCAGCUGCCUUUCGUCUUCAGGAAAACGCCAUUCCUUCGUCAAGUCCUGCCUUUGGAACGCCCGUCCAUCCCAUCAAUCCUCGAGACAAACGACCUUCGAUUCCUCCACCAGCCUUCAAGCCUUCUAUACCUACUAUCUUACCAAUCCUCCUUCCACCAGCCAGUCUACGACCUCUGGCAUUCCGGACUUUCACCAAGAAGCACAAUCUCACUCUCAGCUCCCCUGCUCUACAAUCACUAGCCACAUUUAUCGGCAAACACUGCGGGUCUGCAUGGCGUGAACGAGGAACAGCAGAGGGCGUCCUCGAGGAAGUCGCAAAAGCCUGGAAGAAGAGUGGCGGCAGCUUGAUCGUCAAUCAUGGCUCUCUACUCAACAACAUCUUGAAGACAAUCGGCAGUCUUAUGACUGGUGGCAAGAUCACUCAAACAAAAUCAAAUUUGUCCAGACAAUCGAGUUUCGCCUUUGCUGGAGAGAGUCAGGAGUCGAGGCGAUCCAGUCUGGCCGAAGUUUCCUUUCAAUCACAGCAUCUUGGAGACGAUAAUGAUGAUGAUGCAGAGAACCAAGACCCUCGAGCAUGGAUCAAGGUUGUCAGUGCCAACGAUCAGCCAAGACUAAGCUACAAUGUCCACAAGAAGCAUUUUGAGAAGAUCACUUCAAAGUCCACCCUUCUUCCUUCACCGACUCACCGUACACAGCUCUUCCGCGAUCGUUUCAACCUCAUUCAUCAACGUCUGAUGCGAAAUGAAGCCUUCCAAGCUCCCUCGGUGGCCAACACUCGGUCUCUCAAACGUCAAGAUUCAACGUCGAUACAGCAGUUCUACAAGAUUACCCCUAUUGCAAACCUCUUGGGUAGGAAUGCCAGCAACCAUGUAUUGCUCGGCAUGUUGGUCAUCACUCCUACCGGUACCCUUGCACUGAAUGACCUGACCGGAAGCAUCACUCUGGACCUCCAGCAUGCAAAGCCUCUACAAGGCCUCGACUCAUCAUGGUUCUGCCCCGGCAUGAUUGUCCUGGUCGAAGGUGUGUACGAAGAAGAGUAUUCAGGAGCCGGUGCUAGUGGCCUCGGUGCUGCCACUGGUGUUGGUGGCACCAUUGGAGGCAAGUUCAUUGGCUUCAGCAUCGGCGGGCCUCCAUCUGAAAAGCGUAACGCAACACUGGGCAUUGCAGACUCGUCCAAACAACAACCAGAUGUCGGCCUUGGAGGUGGUUUCGGCUGGACUGACUUCCUCGGCUUGGGUAGUGAGAAGGUCAUGGGAGCAAAGAUGCGCAAGCUCGAGAAGCGCCUUCUCGCACCUACAGAGGUGCAGGCCUCUCAGCAACGUAAAAUGGUCAUUUUAGGUGAAGUCAACCUCGACGAUCCGUCAUCACUCGAGGCUCUGCGUGCCGUCCUGCGUGUCUACGCUGCAGAAGAUGAACUGACGCCUUUAUGUUUCAUGCUUCUGGGCAACUUCGUCAGCCAUCCUGUUAUGGCUGGUGGUGGUAGUGGUGGCAGCAUCGAGUACAAAGAGUACUUCAACGAUCUCGCCACUGUCCUCUCAGAUUUCCCUGUGCUUCUACGAACAGCAACCUGGGUCUUUGUGCCCGGCGACAACGAUCCUUGGGCUUCUGCCUUCAGUGCCGGAGCCAGCAACCCUGUUCCACGUCCGCCCAUCCCUGGUCUCUUUACUAGCCGCGUCAAGCGUGCUUUCGCUACUGCCAAAUCAGAGGCACCCUUACCAAAGCCAGACAACAACAAUCUACCAGUCGAACCGAUAUGGACGUCGAAUCCAGCCAGAGUAUCCAUCUUCGGUCCCGCCCACGAAAUUACAGUUUUCCGCGACGACAUUUCCAACCGUCUGCGCCGUAACGCAAUAACCUUUGGCAAAGCUACCGCCGCAGAAGACGGAGACGACGACAUACUCGACUCGGAACCAGGAGAAAUUCCUACACCCACACAAAUCGCGCGUAAACUUGUCCUCUCCUUGCUACCACAGUCAAAUCUUUCACCCUUCCCACUGUCAACGCGUCCGGUGCUAUGGGACCAAGGCAGUGCGAUGAGCUUGUACCCUCUACCGCACACUCUGGUCUUGGCCGAUGCUGAGGCACCGGCAUUUGCAGUCACGUUUGAGGGCUGUCAUGUGUUGAAUCCUGGACGGUUGUGUAGGGAUGAAGGAAGAGGUAGACGUGUUGCUUGGAUUGAAUAUGAUUGUUGGGCGAAGAGAGGUGAGGUCAAGGAGAUUUGGUCGUCGUAA